ACCACACUGCCACACUAAGUCUCUUGAGUUGAGAAUUCUAGAAGGCUCUAUUAUCGGAUAAAACCCCAAUUUGUUUAGGGUUUAUCUUUUCAUAGAUCCUCCACUUCACAAGCUUCGUAGCAUUCUUUUGAUUAAGAUAGGAAGAACACGCUCCGAUGGCGACCGCUCAGCUUACUGCGUCCUCGAUUUCUUCGAGGAACUUGCCGUCAUUUGAAGGAUUUCGACCUUCAGCGCUUCAAUUUCAUUCAAUCAGGAAUAUACGAUUUGGCAAUCUCACACAAAGGUCGUUCCCGUCUCUGGUUGUCAAAGCCGUCACUGUUGUCGCCCCUAAGCACACCUCUGUUAAGCCUCUGGGAGAUAGAGUACUGGUAAAAAUUAAGGAUGCAGAAGAGAAGACUGAGGGUGGAAUUAUACUGCCAACAACUGCUCAAAGCAAGCCUCAAGGAGGUGAGGUGGUUGCUGUUGGAGAAGGGAAGUCAGUUGGGAAGAGCAAAGUGGACAUUUGUGUGAAGACAGGUGCACAAGUUGUGUAUUCAAAGUAUGCAGGGACUGAGGUGGAGUUUAAUGGUUCAAAACAUCUUAUACUGAAGGACGAUGACAUCAUUGGUAUCCUUGAAACCGAUGAGGUCAAGGAUCUUAAACCCUUGAAUGAUAGAGUCUUGAUAAAGGUUGCAGAAGCUGAGAAAACAACUGCUGGAGGUCUGUUGCUCACAGAGGCAACUAAGGAGAAACCAUCUAUUGGAACAGUGAUAGCAGUUGGUCCAGGGCCUCUGGAUGAGGAAGGUAACAGAAAACCGUUAUCAAUCACACCAGGGAAUACAGUUCUGUACUCCAAAUAUGCGGGGAAUGACUUCAAGGGCAAAGAUGGUUCUGACUACAUUGCUUUAAGGGCCUCGGAUGUUAUGGCUGUCCUUUCCUAGUAACAAAUUUUUAUUUGGUAACUUCAAUUUUUGUGCGUUAAAUGUCGAGGGAAAUGGAUAUUUAUUCUACCAUGGCCUAUGGACUAAAUGUUUGGUUAGAGAGAAAAAAACGAUUUUGAUUCGAUUCCAGGAACAAGAAAUUGAAGGAAAUCCACAAGACAUAUAUAAGCAUCCAAUCCGGAAAGGAGAGGCAAUUAAUAUGAAUUAACAGGGGCAAGAAAUAAAAAAAGAAAAAAGAAAAGUACUAUAACGAAGGCAAUUCAUAAACCAAUAGGUCAACGCGUAGUAGCCAAUGCUAUGACAGCCAGUUGCUUGAAGGCCGAAAUUUUUUUUUAUAAGAAUUCAAUUGAACUUGGCGUAUCAACAAGCCGAAAGUAGACAUGUCUCCAAGAUCUCUUUGUCACCAAGCUGCGGCAAGCAACUCAGAAAUCUCACCCAGCAACCCAGUACUACGCUUAAAUAGAACAUAACUUGUCAUGAGAUGGAAGGGUCUGGAAUUGAUUAUUACUUGAUAUUUCGCCAGACAAGUUGUUAUGAGACAAGUUCAGAUGGCUCAAAAGUAUAUGCUAAACCACCAAGUCACCAACGCAACUGAGAGAUGGUUGCUUGAAAGGUUUAGACUUUUUAGUUGAGGCAGUGCUCCAAUGUCUGCUGGUAUGCUCCCUCUCAACUGAUUCCAAGACCAGUUCAAGGACUAGCAUUUUGCCCAUGCAUGCAGGAAUACGACCAUACAACUUGUUACAUGCAAGAUCAAGAACACGGAGUUGUGAAAGGCACCACAGACUUUCGGGGAUAUUUGCCUAGUAACCUUAGUAUAUUGAUACAAGAUUGGUUUUGCCCAAGCCACUCGGUCCUGUUUGCUCCGAGAUCAAUUGUGUACAUGUUGCUGUAAUAUUACAAGGUUGAAGGCAGCUACCCAGCAAGGUUGUUGCUGUUCAACUGGAGAUAUCGAGGUGAAGGUGUUAAAAUCAUCCUUGCAGGAAUUCCAUCAAUAUAGAUUGGUCCUAGGGAAACAGGUUGGACUUAUGGUUCUUUCACAGGACUGAUAAACUAUUAGUUUUGGGGAGUGAAUUUCUAGCGUUAAAAAAAAUGAUAUGAUUGAUCAUGUGAGAAAUCAUAACCAUAUAAAUGUGGAUUAAUAGUGAUAAAAAAAGAGAAAGAAUAUUGAAAUUGAUAGUUAUAAAAUUAUAACCAUUGAUUCACCUUUAUAUGAUUAUGAUUUUUUCACAUGAACAUGUCAUUUUUUGUUUAACAAUAGGAUUUAUUUCGGGCUGGAUCAUACCGGACUACUCUUCCCAAAUAAUUAAAACU